AUCUAUCUAGAGGCUAGGAUGGAGGCUGUAUAUCUGACAGUGUAAAGGUAACAGGAGAGGAUAUAACAGUAUACCGACCUCAACCCACCAGCCUCCUCCUCUCAAACAAUAACAAUGAAAACCGGUUUUAACAAGAAAAAACAACUUGUUUGACCAACCCUAAAGAAGGACAAGUGUACAUAUAUAUAUGUAGAGAAUAAAACUAUAGUGAAGGAGGAGAAUGCAAUCAAGGAAUUGAAAAUUAAACUCCGGAAGGGUUUAUACAAUCAACUUCUAUAUAAAGGUUGAGAACUUUUAUAGAUGAAAAUACAGGGCAAGGAUGUUGUCCGUCAGGGUUACAGAAUGUCUGAAGGGUGGAUCUAUUAGAUCUAGUUGAUGGGAGAACAUGGCAGACAGGAUACAAUGACAUCAUAUUCGUAUUCGUACAGGGGGACUGGAGAUGAGAAAUGUCCUCCAGUAUAUUCCUACCAAUACAAUACCUGUCAAGAAGAAGAUGACAGCAUAGAGUUUAAACUGCGCUGUCCUUCCAUCACAUCUUUCAGAUGGUGUUUAAAGCUGUACAGUCUUGUACUGGGAGGAUUGGGUACAUUUCUCUCCUUUAUCUGGGUUUGCUUCCACCUAUAUGUACUCAGCCAAACAGAAAUACAUGAUCUAAGGAUGAUGAGGUAUCUGGAUAUAGGACUGGGCUUGAUGAUGUUUAGCUCUAUGAUAAGUUUAAUAUACGCGGGUUAUGCUGAAUCAAAAUCAUGGCUUGUUGUCUAUACUACAGGCUCGAUGAGUGUACUGGUGUUGUACUGGAGUUGGACUGGGUACAACAAGUAUGUGAGUAAAGAGAACCCAGAGUACAAUGAGGAGGUGGAAGAAGUUACUGUUGUACUAACUAUUGUGUACUGUGUUCUCCUAAUCCCUCUAAUACUCUACUACCGGGCCAUUCAUAACACUGGGCACAUUCACUGUAACAACUGCCAAAACUGCCAACACCCCACACGAUCCUCGUACAGAACCAAACAGUUGGAAGAUGACUAGUUAGCCUAGUGGUGUGAACCUAGCGGAUUAUUUAGCUGUGAUAAUGGAGAGAUUCCUCUUAGAAGAAAUCAAGCGGUUUAUCUUUAGAUGAAAACUAGCGGAUUCAACUAAAGAUGAAAACUAGCGGAUUCAACUUUAGAAGAAAACUAGCGGAUUUAUCUUUAGAUGAAAACUAGCGGAUUCAACUUUAGAAGAAAACUAGCGGAUUCAACUUAAGAUGAAACCUAGUGUAUUCAACUUUAGAAGAAAACUAGCGGAUUUAUCUUUAGAUGAAAACUAGCGGAUUCAACUUUAGAAGAAAACUAGCGGAUUCAACUUAAGAUGAAACCUAGUGUAUUCAACUUUAGAAGAAAACUAGCGGAUUUAUCUUUAGAUGAAAACUGACGGAUUCAAUUUUAGAUGAAAACUAGCAGUUUCAACUUUAGAUGAAAACUAGCUGAUUCAACUUUAGAUUAAAACUAGCGAAUUCAUCUUUAGAUGAAAACUAGCGGAUUCAACUUUAGAAGAAAACUAGCGGAUUCAGCUUUAGAUGAAAACUAGCAGAUUUAACUAUAGAUGAAAACUAGCGGAUUUAACUAUAGAUGAAACCUAGCGGAUUCAACUUUAAAUGAAAACUAGCGGAUUCAACUUUAGAAGAAAACUAGCGGAGUCAGCUUUAGAUGAAAACUAGCAGAUUUAACUCUAGAUGAAAACUAGCGGAUUCAACUUUAGAUGAAAAAAAGAUUUAACAAUUUGAAGAACUCGGAUUUGGAAAUUAAAAAACGUUCAAAACUCUAAAAACAAGUUUUAAGAAUAUAAUAAAAUCGUUUCAAAGCAUGUGUAUUUGGUAUUUUAAUGAUUUAAAACUUUUUCUAAAUCCUAAAUAUUAUAUUGCGACAUUCAACUUUUCCAGCAAAUUUGAGUUUAAACCAGCAGCAGAAGCUCAAACCGAAUUAGUCCCAUUCAUAAAUUUUAGACUUCAAAACAGUGUGUAUAAUUUUAAACAUAGUUUGAAACGGUUUUACAGGUUUAUUUUUGCAAGUAAGGGGAAUGGUUUGGGAGUGCUUGGCUAAAAUUUUGGGCUUUUCAUGUUUAAUGUUAAUUAAAGUAAAUAUGUCGAUGUAAACAGUAACAAAAAAGAUGUUGUUUGGUUUAAAGGGGGUGUUCAUUUUGAAAGAGCGAAAUACAAAAUGAAAAUAUGAUAAUUCAUAAUUUACUCAUGAUUUCGUUUUUUUUCAUGAACACUCUCUUUGGGGUAUAACAAACCUUUAAUUGAUCUAUUGAUCAAUAGAUCAAUAGAUCAAUAGAACAAUAGAUCAAUAGAUUAAUAGAUCCAUAGAUCAAUGAAUCAAGUUUCCGUCUUUCGAAAAAGAAUGAGUACGAUGUAUUUGUUCACAUUGGUACUGAAAAUAAAGGGGGUGACCGAGCCUCUUUGGAAAAGAAAAAGAAUGGUUGGGGAAGAUAAAAAGGGGCCCAACCCCCUUGGAUGAAUUCCUAUGUUCCCCACUGGCCAACUUGUUGUUAACAUUCCAGGAGAAUAACAUGAGAGAAACGAAUAUUCUGAUACAGUGUGUUUCACCAAACACGAUUUUUGUCAGAAAUUUCUAAUUUUCAAGCGAUUUAAAAUUUAAAAUAACAUUUAAAUAUUUAACAGGGUGAAAUCAAAGUAAAUUUCUAGCCAUUCUUACUUGCAAAAAAAUCGUGUUUUGUGACCCACACUGUAUCAUGUUAAAACGGUCGUUUUCUUGGAUACGAAAUAUCUAUCAAAAUAUAUUUGUAAUAUUACAUGUUCUUGUUUCUUGUUUCAAUGUAUUUUUAUGUGUUUAAUCAUAACAUUCUAGAACAAGGAAGAAAUAUUCUCAUUUAAAAAAUCUCCGAAUGGAUUCGAAUCAAAAUCAAAUUUUUAAAUUCUGAACGUUUGAUU